AUGCCCGCAAAUUUUGUUAUUGGCGGUUUGUACUGCGAGGGAACAUUUGACGGUUGGUCAUGUUGGCCGGAUACACCAGCUGGAACAACAGCAAACGUUUCAUGUCCAGGUUUCGUCACGGGUUUCGAUCCAAAACAAUGCGAUUCGAACGGGAGUUGGUACAAACAUCCGGAAACGCAAAAACCAUGGAGUAAUUACACGACAUGCGUAGAUCAAGAAGAUCUUUCGGCACGGUUGACGAUUAAUCAAAUUUACGAAAUCGGAUAUUUAAUAUCGUUAAUCGCUCUUUUAGCUUCGCUUGCUAUUUACACGUAUUUCAAAUCUCUCAGGUGUUCUAGAACGACGCUUCACAUACAUUUAUUCGUUAGUUUUGCCGUUAAUAACGCUCUUUGGCUUAUUUGGUAUAGAUUUAUACUCGGAGAUCCGAACGUCAUUAAAGAAAAUGGAGUCGCCUGUAGAAUAUUCCACGUCGUUCUACAUUAUUUCCUUAUGACGAAUUACAGUUGGAUGCUUUGCGAGGGUCUUUACCUUCACACCCUAUUAGUAAAUGCAUUUUUAAGCGAAGAACGUUUGGUGAGAUGGUUGUUUGUAUUAGGUUGGGCCAUACCUGGAAUUGCAAUCAUAGUUUAUUUGAGCCUACGUGCCAACGGUCAAGGAGAAGAAAUAACACAUUGUUGGAUGAACGAAACAAAAUAUACGAACGUUCUCGUCGUACCUGUUUUCAUAUCCAUGGUUUUAAAUUUAGUUUUUUUAUGUAAUAUCGUUCGAGUACUCAUGACCAAAUUAAGAGCAGGACCCCACGUGGGAUCUCAAAGACCUUCCAGAACUUUACUACAAGCAUUUAGAGCAACGUUACUUUUGGUUCCUCUUCUUGGUUUACAUUAUCUUCUCACGCCUUUCAGACCGGAAAAAGGUCACGCAUGGGAAUUUUUUUACGAAGUUUUAUCUGCCAUAACUGCGAGUCUCCAGGGUCUUUGCGUCGCCACAUUAUUUUGCUUUUGCAAUGGCGAGGUGAGUAAAAAUUUUUUUUUUUUUUUUUGCUCCGGUAAAAUUUGCGGUUUGGCCGUGAUCUCUCAAAUAAAAAGAAGAUAUCAAUUUGCCAUUUUUAGGAACAGAGCUAAUUCUUGCACGGCAACAACGGUUUCGUUUAUUCGUUCGACACCGCCAAUGGCCGGAGAGGAAAAAGUUUAA